CACCCCUGCAAAAGCGCUCGGCGGGGUGGGGCGGAGGACAGAGGCGCCCCUGGGAGAACUGGACGCGGAGAUCCCGGCUCGGGGGUACAGUCUGCCAGCGCCGGCCGGGCGGGCCGAGCCCGGAGCGCCGCCAUGGGCCCGGGGCCCCCGGCGGCCGGAGCCGGAGCGCCCCUGCGACCGCUGUCCCUGGUCGCGCGGCUGAGCUACGCUGUGGGCCACUUCCUCAAUGACCUAUGCGCGUCCAUGUGGUUCACCUACCUGCUGCUCUACCUGCACUCGGUGCGCGCCUACAGCUCGCGUGGCGCCGGCCUGCUGCUACUGCUCGGCCAGGUGGCCGACGGGCUGUGCACUCCCCUGGUGGGCUUCGAGGCUGACCGCGCCGCAGGCCGCUGCGCCCGCUUCGGCCCGCGCAAGGCCUGGCACCUGGUCGGCACCAUCUGUGUCUUGCUGUCCUUCCCCUUCAUCUUCAGCCCCUGCCUGGGCUGCGGGGCCGCCACACCUGAGUGGGCCGCCCUCCUCUACUACGGGCCCUUCAUUGUGAUCUUCCAGUUCGGCUGGGCUGCUACACAAAUCGCCCACCUCAGCCUCAUCCCAGAGCUCGUCACCAACGACCACGAGAAGGUGGAGCUCACAGCUCUGAGGUAUGCCUUCACUGUGGUGGCCAACAUCACUGUCUACGGAGCUGCCUGGCUUCUGCUACACCUGCAGGGCUCUCCCCACAGCGGCCCCACUGAGGAUGUCAGCGACCAACUGGGGGUCCAGGAUGUGCCAGUGUUCCGGAACCUCUCCCUGCUGGUGGUGGGUGUCGGAGCUGUCUUCUCACUGCUGUUCCACCUGGGCACCAGGGAAGGGCGCCGGCGGCAGGUGGAGGAGCCCGGUGAACACAGCCCCCUGUUGGCUCCCUCUACCACCCAGCCCUUGCUACUCUGGAAACACUGGCUUCGGGAGCCAGCCUUUUAUCAGGUUGGCCUGCUGUACAUGAGCACGAGGCUCAUUGUGAACCUGUCCCAGACGUACAUAGCCAUGUACCUCACCUACUCCCUCCACCUGCCCAAGAGGUUCAUCGCCACCAUCCCGCUGGUGAUGUACCUUAGCGGUUUCUGCUCCUCCUUCCUCAUGAAGCCAGUGAACAAGUGCAUCGGGAGGAAUAUGACCUACUUCGUGGGCCUUCUGGUGAUUCUGGCCUUUGCAGCCUGGGUGGCGCUGGCAGAGGAGCUGGGCAUGGCUGUGUAUGUGGCGGCUGUGUUGCUGGGCAUGGGCUGUGCCACCAUCCUUGUCACCUCAUUGGCCAUGACGGCUGACCUCAUCGGUCCUCACACGCACAGUGGAGCCUUCGUGUAUGGCGCCAUGAGCUUCUCGGACAAGGUGGCCAAUGGGCUGGCAGUUAUGGCCAUCCAGAGCCUGCACCCCUGCUCCUUGGAGCUCUGCUGCAAAGCCUGUGUGGCUUUCUACCACUGGGUGAUGGUGGUCGUAACAGGUGGUGUGGGCGUGGCCGCCACCCUGGCUCUGUGCAGUCUCCUGGUCUGGCCCAUCCGCCUUCGGAGAUGGGACCCUGGAGCCUAGCCCUGACCCCACCCGGUGGUCCCUUGCCCUUUGUAAAUUAACCUCGACUGUGAACAUCUGAUGCCCAGAGGUCUGGAGCAGCCUCUCCGCUCCCUCCCCUGCAUUGUCCUGUCUCUGCCUGGCUGUGGGUGGAGGUCAGGAUGGAUGAGGUCCCAGCAGCUUAUCCCUGCUGGGGUAAGGGGAGGACACCGAGCUGGUGGGAUUCUUGUGGUUUGGUGUACUCCAGUGCCAACUCUUCAAUACUCCCGCCUGGAGGAGUAUUGAAGUAUUGAAAAUCCCAUGGAUGGAGGAGCCUGGUAGGCUGCAGUCCAUGGGGUCGCUGAGGGUCGGACACGACUGAGCGACUUCACUUUCACUUUCAUGCAUUGGAGAAGGAAAUGGCAACCCACUCCUGUGUUCUUGUCUGGAGAAUCCCAGGGGCGGCAGAGCCUGGUGGGCUGCCAUUUAUGGGGUCACACAGAGUCGGACACAACUGAAGUGACUUAGCAGCAGCAGCAGUGCCAACUCUAACCCUCCUCCCACCGUCUGGAUGACAGAGGUGCUUUGUGUUAUGUGGGGCCGGAUAUGAGGGUCCUGGGUCCAGGGGCUGCACGGAGCUCAGCCCUGGCCAGCCAAGGGUUUCCUGGGUGCUGGAAGGCCCUGGAGGACAGAGCUGUCGCUGAGCCUGCCAGGAGCCCCAACCUCGGGGUUGGGCGGCCGGGCCCAAACCCUGGCCGUGGAGGCGGCGAGGAUCAGCGUGCCUGGCUGGGGUCCCCGAGUGCAAUCCCCUGCGCCCAGGCCACUGCUGACCGUGAAUAAAGAGCUGCCUGGGGCCAGGACUCUGCCUUGGCGGUUUGCCUGCGGCCCAGGGCGGGGCCGGAGUGGGCGUCUGUCUGCCCCUGCCUCGAGUUUGGUCACCAGGGUCUCCCUUUAUCUGACUGCCCCCAGGCCCCGGCCCCAGAGGUGGACGGACGCCCAGGGCGGGUGGGAGUGGUGGCGCCUGCGCCCCUGCAGAGCCGCCUCGGGCAGCAGCACGAUCUUUAUCAGUGACUGGGUGUAUAGACGGGCGGGGGCCGCUGGUUGGUGGCGGGACAGUAGGGUUCCAGGCCCCACUGCCGGUAGUUCUGGGCGGUGUAGCGCGGGCGCUGGGGCGCUGACAAGUACCGCACGUAGUCAGACGCCCGCCAUAGCGGUUCCACCCCGAAACGGUGCCUGUUGAUGGCUGUGGGGCGGGGCCAGGACCCGGGUCACGGCUGGCCCCGCCCCCGGGCGGUCCCGCCCCGAGCCCCGCCCCCUGCCCCGGGCCUCACCAAAUUCUUUGCCCCUGAUGGGCCUGUCCUUCCACAGCACGCUUCCCCACCGAGUGCUGGGGUCUGUGUACUGGGCGGGGAUGAUGGGGUCGUACCAGGCCGUCUCUCGCAGACGCUGGGUGUAGGCUGCGGGGUGGGGGUUGGGGUCAGCUCCGCACCUCCGGCCCCACCUGUUUUCCAGGCUUGGGGACGGUGGGGGAAGGUAGGGGAGGGAGCUCACCCGAGGGCAGGCUGCGCUCCUGGUGGCCAUAGCACCCGUGCCAGCGGGCAUAAGCCUCACGGUACGGGCUGUCCGGAGCCCGCGGGAGCGUGUACCAGGCUUCCCGGGAGUCCGAGUUGGUCAGGCCCGUGUACCACAGCUGGCCGGCCGCGUCGCGUCCCAUGGGCGUGUACUUCCAGCGCGCGGCCUGUCUGAUGGCCGGAGUCCAGCGGGGCCCCUCCUGGGACAGGUAGUCAUCGCUGUGGGCAGGGGGCGGGAGGAGAAAGACUGAGCCUGCAGCCCCCCUGCCCUCCCUGGGCCUCUCUCCUCUUUGCUGGCAUCUCGGUGCAGAGGCAGAGGCCCUGUCAGAGGUGCGGGAGGCUGCCCCCGUAGCCCCUCCUCCCUACCCCAUCCUCCCCGACCCUCAGGAGCCUCUUAAAUGUUUCUUCACCUUUUCUGCUUUUCUUGCCCCUACCAAGUCCCUUGUCCAAACUCACAGACCUGCAUGCAGGCCCUUUCGUCCAGGAAGCUACCCUGGCCUGGAAGUGUAUUGGAAGUGAUCUCAGUUACAGCUGAGUGAGUGGCUCAGGUUUACCUGUCACUGGUCUGGCCUGGGAGCCAUGGGCUGGGGAUCCAGGGAAAACGUGUGGAGGGGCCCAGGCUCCCAGGAAGUGCCCUCACCAUUCCUCCAAGUCCCCAGGAGCACCUAGGCGCUAAGACUGGCUCACAUUUAAAGAAGCACCUAUGCCUCCUGUUCCAGGGGCCUCUGGUACAGAGCCUCUCCCAGGCUAGCACCUCAGGAGGGCUUCCCGGAGGAGGAGGUAACUGAUGUGAGGCAAGCAGCUCGUGUAAAGGUCGUGGGGCAGCGGGGGAAGAUGUAAGAACUAGGCUGGCAGAGCCGGGGUAAGUGGAAAUAUGCUGAUGGUGACACUAAAACCUCAAGGAGGCAUUAAAACUAAAGCUCCCCUUCCAGACAUCCUGGCAGCACCACUGCCCAAGGGACAGAGGUGGGCACCUGCGGUGACCUGGCAGUCUAGCUCCAGGGACGUGGGUGCCCCAGGGAAUGAGGCUGUGACCCCAAGAUGGUGCCAGCAGGACUGCUGACUAAACCAUCUCCUAUGUGCCUGCUUGGGGUUCUCACCCCACAGGGCAAACUAGAAAGAGGAGAGCGUGGCCUGCUGUGUUUGGGGCACAGGUCUUGGGAAGUGGCCAUGGGCUGGGUUUGCUGCUUGCAGGGAGGGGAGUUGCAGGACCCUCUGGCAGGCCCUACCCUUUUGAGCUACGAAAUGAACUGAAACCACAUAGUGCACGUGGUUUGUGGAAAGGAAUUUAAACAGUCUAGAACAACACACAGUGAAGUGUCUGUGUCAAUUAUUACCUCAAAAAAUAAAAACACUGCAUUACAGCUGAAAGAAAAAUGUUUUUUUCCUAAUAAAUGAAGCCUUCUCGGUCUAGAAUUGAGAGACCUACUGGCAUUUAAAUAAACGUGUUGUGUUUAGUUGCUCA